CUAAAAACUCGGCGAAUGUGCACGGCCGUUCCCCGAUGGAAGCAGUAAUCGCGAGUGAAAAACAAGCGAACAUCGCUAGAGCAAGAGCAGUCAAGGGCGGAAUGUCUAUUAUUUAAGACAGCUGGUUGUUCCAGAACUUCCAUAACAAAGCUUGAAAGAUUCAUUCGUCUAGUUUUUGAGUUGCCGGCAGCUUGAACACUUUUCAGCAAAUAAAUAAAUUAAAACUGCAUAGUAUUACUGCAUAAAAUAUUUAACAUGUUUGGCCUAAUUGUUUCUGGACGUCUCGUUCAAACUGAUUUCCAACAAGCAAGUGAGACACAAUUUUUAACAACAAUAUUAGAUGCAGAUAAUGUCAACCACAUAGUCAUUUUUCUCACUGGAGCUGUACCACUUCCAGAAGGAUUUGGUGCACAAGUUUACUUCAGUUGGCCAGAUCCAAAUGCUCCACCCAAUUGGCAAUCUUUGGGGUAUAUUUCAAAUCAGAAACCUUCAGCAAUCUUCAGGAUAUCUACUUUGAAAAAGUUGCAUGAAAUGGGAGAUUAUAACAACACAUCAACUUUUGGGCAGCAAGCUAUUUGUUACAAUGCACAAAUUGGCAUUUCUAUUGAACCCUUGGCAAACAUGCAAGAUCAUAGGAUAGAAGAGAGCAAUGCUUAUGUUACAUUUGCACAGAAAAUGUUGAGCAACUUCAUGAAUUAUGUGCUCAGUUUUUCAGUGACACAGUCCCAGAUGGUAAUUGAUCCUUCAGUUACAUAUGUGCCUAUGACAACUAUACAGAACUGGUAUACUAACUUCGAGCGACGCCUAACGCAAAACCCCAACUUUUGGAAAACGUAAUUUAUGUCUACAAUAAGUUAACGAUAAGUGAUUUGUGAAGCUAAUUCACUUUAUGGCGUGUAUUUAUUUCUGUUGAAAGAUUUUGAGAUCAAUAAAAUCUUUUUUUUUUUAAACAUCA